AUGUUGGGACAACUAAGUUUCACGCUGCCUCUGCUCAUCAUCCUGGUUCUGGAGACGGCGGUGGGGGCGCUGCUGCUGUGCCCCAAGCCCUUCAACCAGCCGUCCAUCGCACUGGCACGAGCCACACACACCCAGAUUGGCGCUACCGUCUUCUACACUCUGGCGGGCGUGCUCACCCUGCUGAUGGCCUCCCCGCUGUACGACGCCACCCAGCUGUACCACGCCACGCGGGACAAGACCGACGCGGUGGCGGCCGCCCUAGACACCACGUGCGAAAGGGAGAGUUUUGUCAACAGCUGCGUGUUUGUGGGGCUGGCCGCUGCCGCAGCAGAUGCGCCGGUGGCGCAGCCGGCGGCGGAGCACGAGGCGCGCACGCUGCUGUCCUUCACCCUCACCGCCGCCUGCCUGGCCCAGAUGUUCUUCCUGCGCAGGCUGGGGGCGGUGCUGGGCCAGCUGGAGCGCAUGAGCGUCAGCGAGGCGGCCAUGCUGAAGCAGGUCAAGGGGCUGCAGUCGGAGUACGCCCGCAUGGCCGGCAGCGCCGGCGCCGCCGGCGGUACCGCCGAGGAGGCGGCGGCGCAGCCCUCGGGCCCCCCUGGUGCGGGCAGGCUGAGUGAUGAUGAGGUUGGGGAGCUGCGCCGCUUGGUGGCCGACCUGGAAAGGAUGAACAGCGAGCUGGGGGCUCGGCUGGAGAAGGCCAACAAGGCCCACUCCCUGGCGGAGAGCAACCUUUCGGCGCUGAAGACGCAGAGCAAGGGGCUGGAAAACGAGUACGACAGGCUCCUGUCCGAGCAUGAUGAGCUGCGGCGGCAGCUUCAGCGCGCGGGGCUGGCGGCUGGCGGCGCUGCCGACAGCCGCAUGGGAAAGAAGGACGAGUGA